CAGGUUAUUGGCCAUGAAUAAUGUACAGUUGAACUGGUGUGCUUCGGUAUUACGAGGGAAGUUGACCCGUCUUACUUGCCCCACCGCCCAACGUGAGAGGCCUAGAUAACAAGAUAAUACUGAGCUGCCAGUUGACGCGUCCUUGACCACGCCUAUAAGUAUACCGGCAUCAGCGCGAAGAAAACUGAUCCGCCCACCAAAGCCUGCCCUCGAGCACCAGGUCUCCUUCAGCCCUGGCAGGAAUUCAAGUUGAUCAUGGCAUCGUCCAACAGCUCGUCAUCUCAGCCGCGCCAGCGUCUGAGGGAGCUACUCCCCGACCUCAAAAUCGGCAACUGGCCCACCGGCCCGCUUAAUGGCAUCACCGACGUGCAGGGUGUGCUUACCCACACUACAACACUGCGUCCUUCGUCCAACCCCAACAUCAAGACCGGCUCGACAGUGAUCCUGCCCCACAAGGACUGGUUCAACCAUGCCGUCUACGCAGGCAUUUUCCGCUUCAACGGCAGCGGCGAGAUGACCGGCUCCCACUGGAUCGAGGAGUCGGGCCUGCUGCACUCGCCAAUCGUGCUGACCAACUCCUUCUCCGUCGGAGAGGCCUACAGGGGCAUAUAUGAGCAUGCCAUCAAGCACCAUAGUAACGAAGGGGCUGUCGGCUGGUUCCUCCUGCCCGUCGUGGCCGAGACGUUUGACGGUUACCUCAACGAUAUGACUAGCUUUGCGGUCAAGCCCGAGCACAUCGUCAAGGGGAUCGACGAGGCUACCGCAGACCUAACGCCUGAGGGAUGUACGGGUGGUGGCACAGGAAUGGUGUGUCAGGGCUUCAAGGGGGGCACGGGGACAAGCAGCCGCGUUGUGAGUGGCCUCGGGCUUCCUGACGCGGAUGGAAAUGCCAAACCAAAGGAUUACACUGUUGGCGUGCUGGUCCAGUCAAACUACGGACGGAUCAGAGACUUUCGCGUGACGGGGGUCCCAGUCGGGAGGCUCGUCAUGGAGCAUCUGGAGAAGGAGGGCAAGGAGCCUACAAUGAUUCACAUCGCCAAGUCCGAAGAAGCCAAAGACAAGAAGGACGGGUCCAUCAUCAUCAUCUUGUCCACAGACGCUCCCUUGCAUCCGACACAGCUCCAGCGGCUCGCCAAGCGGGCCACCGUCGGGUUGGCACGAGUUGGAGGGUACGGGCAUAACCCUUCAGGCGAUCUGUUCCUGGCCUUCUCCACGGCCAACAAGAUCCCCGUGCAGCAGUUUACCGCCGACAACAAAGCACUUGAUCCUUUCAAGGCGCGAGCACUGGGCUUGGAGGUGAUCGAUGACACGACCAUCAAUGGCUUGUUCGAGGCUGCCGCAGACGCUACGGAGGAGGCUAUCUAUAAUUCUAUAUGCAUGGCAGAAACAACAGUUGGGCACAAGGGGAAUACGGUUGAGGCGAUCGACCAGCAGCUGUUGAAAACAAUUAUGGAAAAGUACCAGUAGUCCGCAGAACGGCAUGGUUGUAAUGAAAACAAGAAUUGGUCCCAGUAACUACCUAGGUACCAGGUUGAACCUGUCGAUGCAUAUGCUCCAACACGUGAAAGCUAUCGUUCUUUUGUUCAAG